UAGAUGUGGAAGAUAAAUGCUAGAACUUAAUAGCCCUUCUUGGCGCCCAUGCUUUUUCCUUGAUACAAUUCAAUAUUAUAGGCUUCAAUUUAUUGAUUUUAUAGGCAUAGAUUAAUUAAGAAGCUGCUACAAAUGUUGGGCGGUGGUGGUGGAAGGCUACAUUAAACAUCUGAUCCAGCAUGUAUUAAAAACAAAUAGUAGCUGGUUAGGGCCUGCACAAAAACUCAACCUCAACGGAGAUUUCUCCCAUGGCCCUCUCCAUUGCAUCCACAGAAAUUUUCUUACCACUUCUUCUCUGCUUCCUCUUCCUUCUUCGCCGGAGGCACCAACACAAAAACUCCCUCAUCACCAACUGGCCCCUCCUCGGAAUGACGCCGGGCCUCCUCCGGAACGCCCACCGCAUCCACGACUACUUAACCGAGCUCAUCAUACACGGCGGCGGAACCACUGAGGUGAAAGGUCCUCUGUUCAUCGGCAUGGACGCUCUCAUAACCUCCGACCCCACGAACGUCCAACACAUCCUCAACAAAAGCUUCCCCAACUUCCCCAAGGGGGAUGACCAUAAGGCCAUCUUCGACAUCCUUGGGGACGGGAUCCUCAACUCCGACUGCGAUUCAUGGAAAUCGCAGCGGAAAAUCACCCACCCGCUUAUCAAGCGGGUAGGGUACCGGCGGUUCGUCGAGCGGACUGCGCGGCUAAAGGUGGAGAACGGGCUACUCCCGGUUCUGGAUGACGUCACCGAACAAGGAAUGGAGAUAGACAUGCAAGACUUGUUCAAGCGCUUCACAUUUGAUGUUGUGUGCGUAGUGAUUCUAGGGUUUGAUCCAUGUUACCUUUCCAUUGGGUUCCCACAAGUUCCGAGCGCAAAAGUGUUUGGUGAGAUCGAGGAGGCACUUCUCUACCGCCACAUUCUACCAGAGGGCUGUUGGAAGCUGCAGAGAAAGCUCGGAAUCGGCAAAGAGAAGACGAUAACCGAAGGCCGCCGCAUCAUCGACCAAUUUCUCGCCCAAUGCAUAGAACUAAACCUUGGCAAAAGGGGAGGCCAACCUCAAGAAGAAGAGAACAAAGACUUACUCACAGCCUAUGUUGAAGAACUGAAAAAGAUUAACACCACUUCAUCAUCUGAUCAUGAAAUUCCUUACAAGGUUCUCAGAGACUUGGCCCUGAACUUCAUGGUUGCAGGCAGGGACACGGUGGGCGCAACCCUCUCUUGGUUCUUCUGGCUCUUGGCGAAGAACCCGUCUGCGGAGGCAAAGAUUCGUGAAGAGAUCCAUGCAAAUUUGCCGACAAAAGCCAAAGACGAAUGGGGGUUUUCGAGCACGGAGGAGCUGGGAGGACUAGUUUAUCUUCACGGGGCGAUAUGCGAGACUUUGAGGCUGUACCCGGCGGUGGCGCUGCAGCACAGGUCUGCGGCUACGGACGAUGUUCUUCCGAGCGGCCAUCGUGUUCGGGCGAACACGAGGGUGGUGCUGUCUCUCUACUCCAUGGGGAGACUGAAAGGAGUAUGGGGCGAUGACUGCUUGGAGUUUAAGCCAGAGAGAUGGAUUUCAGAGAAGGGGGAGACCGUGCAUGUGCCGUCUUAUACCUCAGCGUUUAGUACAGGGCCUAGGAGUUGCUUAGGGAAUGAGACUACCUUUAUUCAGAUGAAGAUUGUUGUUAUAUCUAUAAUUAGGAGGUACCAUGUAGAAGUGGUGGAGGGGCAAACUGUUGUUCCAAGUCAUUCUGUUCUGCUUGAUUUGAAGAAUGGUCUACGGGUUAGGAUCUCCAGAAUCUAACUAGUGGAGAAAAUCAAUUAAGUUCAUUUGGUGGGGAUGACUGGAUGAUGGUGCUGCUUGGCGAUGAAUUGGGAUGGUGGGAGCGACGCAUGCCUUGGGAAGUAUGGCAAUAAACAGCUACUAAUUAAUAUUUAUUUAAUUUCAAGAAUAAAAUAUGUAGAUUGAAUAACAUGAUUGAUUGUUGUCUUUAAGAAAACAUUUGCUUAAAUUUGAGAUUUUUAUAUUUUGGGUUUUGACUUUUAUGCCUUGAAUAUAUGUGGAAAUAUUGAAGUUAAUAAUUUAUGUUUUCCAUAAA